AUGGCGCCGAGGAAAGCAGCAGAGGCAGUAGCGAGCGGCGUCAAGAAAAAUGUCAAGCUCUUCCUGAUGGAAGCCUUCCUGAGUCGGACACCAGCCGGCGCUGCGGAUAUUCGUCAUGAGUUCAGCCCUGCUAAGAUACUCGACCCAGAUCUCGUACAUCUACACCUGACGUUGAUCUCGCUCGACUUUGAGGCCAAUCCAAACAGCGACCCCGCCGACCUCCUCCCCGGGCUCGAGAGAAUGGAGCGGCAUGAAAUCUCCGCUCUCCUGGACCGAAUACCAUCAUUUGAAAAUUCGAUAGGAGUUCAAGAUUUCAUCACGCCACCCAACACACCUUCCCAAGAGCUUCUGCGGUGGAUCUGCCAGACCGUGGGACAGGAUAUCGUCGAAGACAGGUACUCGAGGGAGUUUCCAGACUUCGCUGGGAAUGUUCGUCGGUUCGUCAUCCGCCCUCCUAGGCAUGAGAAGCGGCCAUUGGAUUCCAAAUUUCUCUCUCAUGGCACAAGUCUCGGAGCAUACCGCUCCAUCAUGCGCCAAGGGUUCAAGCCCGCAACUGAUUUAUGCUUUGGGGCUGGCUUAUUCAUGGCAGAGGAGCCACGUACGGCAGCAGUCUAUGCUCUGUACAAAGAUUUUUCACCAGAGAACGUGCCAAGGUGGAAGAUCGGGCGCUUCGAGACCUAUGGGCUGGUGCUUUGUUGCAAAGUAGCUGGUCCGGGUCGUCCGGUUCGCAAUGACAACGAAACGGGCACCAUCCAAAACAAUCACGCAAACGUCGAGACCCGAUGCCCUCCAUUUUCUACGUACGUGAGAUAUCAAGAGUCUUUGGCCGCUCUGAUGAAUUCGAGUGGGCAUCUCGAGAAUGCUCAUCCCCCCGCGGGGCCCCUGGCGCAAUUCGAUAAAACCUCACGCCGCUACCAGCAAUUUCUCAACUACAAGCCGCCCCCCUACGUGUCACCUUGGGCCUCAUCCAGUGGAAGAAAUGUCCCUUCCUCGACUCAGCCGGCAUCGAAGCCGGUGGACACCCCUAUGCAAGCCCUGAGUGCGUACGAGCAGAUACCACCACCCAGCGGACCUAGACGGUGGCUCUGUUGCAGGAGUACCCCAAACACUCCGGAAUGGUGUCGGCAUCCUCGCAUAUGGAUCACUGGCGGUGAAUCAAAUCCACGUUGCAAUACUCCAGAUUGCAUGCACGCGAGAUGCUGCGAUUGCCUCCUCGAGUCUGUGGAAGAUGUACCAAGUAAAUUCAGGAUGAUCUUACCUACAAACUUCUACCAUCUUGCUCCUGUUGGUUCCAAUCAGAUUCACGGUAGCGGAUUGAAUUUCGACAGUGCAAGCAAGGCAGAGAUGCAUCAGGAUAGAAGCCCGGAGUGGGCAAAACAGAAUCCAGUGUUGCCAGAAAGCCAGACGGGAAAGUCUGAGGAGAAGGAUUCCUACAGAUACUCUGAAGGGCGCCGUAUCAGCGGGGAAGAAUCUGGUAUGUCAGUGGCGGCCGGCCAAAGAAACAGUGCAACGUUAGCUGCCAUGGCACCGGUCAAGACUGAGCCUUCUCCGUCUCCCGAGUCCUGCAGAUUCGGCUAA